UCUCAUGACGAUUAAAAACAGACAAUCGAAGAGCCAAAAAAACAAAAAAAAAGCGGUCACGACUCACAUCUCUCUCUCUCUCAUCUACAUUUCUGUACUGCUCGCUCCAUCAUAUGUAGAAAGAAAAAGCAAAACCCUAAACCGAACCACGUCCUUGAUCUCUAGAGAGAGAGAGAUGGUCUCGAAAUCAGCUCUCUGUGCGUUGAUUGUUGUACUGUUCUGUUCUUUUCCCGUCCAUGGCGGUGACAUAGUUCACCAGGACGAUAAAGCCCCUAAGAGGCCUGGCUGCGACAAUGACUUUGUUCUGGUGAAAGUUCCAAUUUAUAUUGAGGGUAAUGAAGUGAAUGAAUUUGUCGGCGUUGGUGCUCGCUUUGGCCCUACUUUGGAAUCCAAGGAGAAGCAUGCCAACCAAACUAGGCUUGCCCUUGCAGAUCCACCACAUUGUUGUAGUGCACCAAAAACCAAGCUUACAGGUGAGGUCAUCCUUGUGCACCGGGGUAACUGUAGCUUCACGGCCAAGGCAAAUGUCGCAGAAGCUGCUGGUGCUUCAGCCAUCCUCAUCAUAAACAACCGUGCAGAACUUUUCAAAAUGGUAUGUGAGGCCAAUGAAACUGAUGUAGAUAUAGGCAUACCCGCUGUCAUGCUCCCACAAGAUGCUGGUAUAAGCUUGGAAGAAAGUUUGAACAACAAAUCCAUUGUUUCGGUGCAGCUGUACUCUCCAAAGCGCCCCUCAGUUGACGUAGCUGAAGUAUUUUUGUGGCUUAUGGCAGUUGGGACCAUCUUAUGUGCUUCUUAUUGGUCUGCGUGGAGUGCCAGAGAAGCAGCUAUUGAGCAAGACAAGCUCUUAAAGGACGCUUCAGAAGAUUUCAGCAUGGAAACCACGGGUUCUAGCAAUGUGGUCAACAUCAGCACGACAUCAGCAAUUCUCUUUGUUUUGAUUGCUUCAUGUUUCUUGUUCAUGCUUUACAAGCUAAUGUCAUUCUGGUUUAUUGAGGUUCUGGUGGUUCUGUUUGCUAUCGGUGGAGCAGAGGGUUUGCAAACUUGCUUGGUGGCUCUGUUGUCUAGUUUCAGAUGGUUUGAACGUGCUGCGGAUACAUUUGUUAAAGUACCUCUCCUUGGAGCUGUCUCAUAUCUAACGCUAGCUGUAUCUCCAUUCUGCAUAGCGUUUGCUGUUGUUUGGGCCGUUUUUCGCCGUGUCUCGAUUGCUUGGAUUGGACAAGAUAUCCUUGGUAUUGCUUUGAUAAUCACAGUUCUCCAGAUUAUACGUGUUCCUAAUCUGAAGGUUGGAACAGUUCUUCUCAGUUGUGCUUUCUUGUAUGACAUUUUUUGGGUAUUUGUUUCUAAAUGGUGGUUCAAAGAGAGUGUGAUGAUCGUGGUUGCUCGGGGUGAUAAGAGUGGGGAAGAUGGCAUACCCAUGUUGCUGAAGAUACCUCGGAUGUUUGAUCCUUGGGGUGGCUACAGUAUCAUUGGAUUUGGUGAUAUUAUCUUACCAGGACUUCUCAUAGCAUUUUCACUAAGGUACGAUUGGCUGUCAAAGAAGAAUCUUAGGGCUGGAUACUUCUUAUGGGCAAUGAUUGCUUAUGGGUUAGGUCUUCUCAUCACAUACGUGGCUCUGAACUUAAUGGACGGGCAUGGCCAACCAGCUCUACUUUACAUUGUUCCUUUCACUCUAGGCACAUUUUUGACUUUGGGAAGAAAGAGAGAGGAUCUCAAGAAUCUGUGGACGAGAGGAGAACCAGAAAGACCAUGUCCGCAUAACCAGCUACAACCCUCACAGUAGAGAUUCUCACCGUACCUUGUAAAAUAGUACUAUUCCACUAUAAUAGUAUACUAAGACCAGUUAGAUUACUCGUGUCUUUUAGAAAAAAAAAAGUUUAAAUUUUUAAUUUUCGUUCUAAAUUUAGGUCAACGCGAUGUUUUGUUGAUGAUCAGAAGAAGUGAAAUCUGUAUGUAUUUCUCCAAGGCUUCAAGUAUCUGCAAUAUAGGCAUGCAGACUUGGGAUUUAUUGUAAAGCUUAUAUAAACAAGCUGAGGCUAACGCUGAGGCUCUUUUAAGUUGUGUUUGGAUCUUGAA